GAAGAGUUACAGGGUGUGUUAAGUGGUGGUGCCCGUUAUUGGCCUGAGGACAGACUAAAUAGAUUUAAAUAGUGGAGUAUGGUGGUGUUUUUUUUUUGUGAGUGUUGGGUUAGAUGUUAGGGUAUUUAAGGAUGGAAGGAAUUAAAAGGAUAAAAGGUAAAAGGAUCCUUUUUUUAAAGGAUAAAAAAAAAAACAAAGCAAAGCAUAAGGGUGUUAUACUCCAGUCCAGUAGGUGGCGGUGAUGCAACAUAUAUUGGAUGCCAACCGCCGUUAAACCAAAUCGAAGAAGAACUAUCGCUUAUUAUCUUAUCAGUACAAACUUUAAGUGUGUGCAUCAUAUGUGUCAAAUUUUGGAACGCUCAACUCACCAUAGCCCCGCCUCCUCAGUUCCGGCAUUUUGGCUCCGGAAGUACCGUACUUUUUUUGGUUCACAGGAAAAGGAAAAAAAACUGCUGUUGGGAAACAAAACAGCAAAGUGAGUUUUAGUGACGAAUGUGAUCAUUUGUAGUUUUACUAUAGUAAUACGUAUCAUAAUAAUUUACGAGAUGUGAUUUAGUUUUGCAUCUUACUUUGCUUCUUGCGCAUUUGUAGCUAGCCAACAUGAGCUAGCUAACUCGCAACGACGCUAUGCUGUCGUUUAACGAAUGCCUGCCCCUAAAAGACACAAGUCUUUUCAGGAUCCUCAAGCGAAGAGAAGAAAGGAGGAUCAGAAUGAAGUCGCCAUGCCAUCCAACAAAACGACACCAGCCUCUGCAACGUCAAGCAACCCCCAAAGAGAAGCACCUUUGCGGAGAAGGAAUAAGAAAAAGCCCCCCGCAGAACUAAAAGAGGGAAAUAAACCUGCAGGGUCCAGCCGCCAUUCCUCCAAGACCAAAUCAACUCAAAAGGCCAGGACUAGGACCAAGUUCAAUCCACCUGUAAAGAACGCCAAGCUGCUGAAAGCCAUAAGUGCCCCCUCAAAGAAUCCCAACUCUAAAGGAACCCUAAAAAGACCAGCCAAGAUCUUCAAAACUGCUUCCACAGAGUCCGAUGAGGAGCUUAUCAGAACUCAUAAACCCCAUUGCAUCAGAAAAUACUCUAAUGGGGAUCGAGGUAAGCGUAAAGGGUCACAGUCUAACCUGAAUGAAGAAGUAUUGCUCUCAGACCCUGUGCAGAGGGAUCACAAUUAUGGUAUACCCUCUGCGUCUUAUGGUAGUCAUUCUGAAGUUGAGGAAAAUAAAAGGAAAAGAGUCAGAGAGUCCACCAGAGGCCCAGAGACCCAGAGAGAUGUGAAGAUGGAAUCUCAAAUGUCUUCAGAACCCUUACCUGAACAAUCUGGACAGAUGAAGCGGAGCAGUGAGACGCAUGAGGUGCAGGAUAAUUCCAUGACCACCCCAACAGAUGAAUUUAGUGAGAUUGUCAACACCAAGCCUGACAUAAAAAUGUCUCCUCCAGCAUCCCCUGAGAAAGCUUCAGACCCCAUCCAUAAGCAGAUGAACCAGAAUAAUUCCAUGACCACCCCAACAGAUGAAUUUAGUGAGAGUGUCAACACCAAGCCUGACAUAAAAAUGUCUCCUCCAGCAUCCCCUGAGAAAGCUUCAGACCCCAUCCAUAAGCAGAUGAACCAGAAUAAUUCCAUGACCACCCCAACAGAUGAAUUUAGUGAGAGUGUCAACACCAAGCCUGACAUAAAAAUGUCUCCUCCAGCAUCCCCUGAGAAAGCUUCAGACCCCAUCCAUAAGCAGAUGAACCAGAAUAAUUCCAUGACCACCCCAACAGAUGAAUUUAGUGAGAGUGUCAACACCAAGCCUGACAUAAAAAUGUCUCCUCCAGCAUCCCCUGAGAAAGCUUCAGACCCCAUCCAUAAGCAGAUGAACCAGAAUAAUUCAAUGACCACCCCAACAGAUGAAUUUAGUGAGAGUGUCAACACCAAGCCUGACAUAAAAAUGUCUCCUCCAGCAUCCCCUGAGAAAGCUUCAGACCCCAUCCAUAAGCAGGUGAACCAGAAUAAUUCCAUGACCACCCCAACAGAUGAAUUUAGUGAGAGUGUCAACACCAAGCCUGACUUAAAAAUGUCUCCUCCAGCAUCCCCAGAGAAAGCUUCAGACCCCAUCCAUAAGCAGGUGAACCAGAAUAAUUCCAUGACCACCCCAACAGAUGAAUUUAGUGAGAGUGUCAACACCAAGCCUGACUUAAAAAUGUCUCCUCCAGCAUCCCCUGAGAAAGCUUCAGACCCCAUCCAUAAGCAGGUGAACCAGAAUAAUUCCAUGACCACCCCAACAGAUGAAUUUAGUGAGAGUGUCAACACCAAGCCUGACUUACAAAUGUAUCCUCCAGCUUCCCCUGAGAAAGCUUCAGACCCCAUCCAUAAGCAGGUGAACCAGAGUAGAGUGAAACAUGAGGAGCAGAAUGAUUCCGUGACCAUCCCUACAUAUCAAGUUAGUGAGAGUGUAGCAAGCAAGAUGGAUGCAUAUAAAAAGUCUGCAGACCCCAUACCUGAACUACUAAAACAGAGCACUGAGACACAGGAUAUGCAGGAAAAUUCCAUGACCACCCAUACAGAUAAAGUUAAUGAACAUUUAGAGACUAAGGUCGGUGCAAAAAUAUUGUCUCCUCCAGCCAUCGGCUUAGUAGCAUAUAGUAGCAGUAGUGAUUCUGAAUGUGAAAGUGAGGGAAAUGACAGGACGGGAGUCACAGAGUCAAUAGAUGUGAAGAUGAAAACUCAAGCAUCUUCAGAGAAGGCUUCAGACCCUGUCCCUGAACAGGUGAAGGAGAGCAGUGAGACGAGGCAGAUGCAGGAGGAUCCCAUGACCACCCCUACAUAUGAAGUUACCGAGGAUUCCAUGACCACCCCUACAUAUGAAGUUACCGAGGAUUCCAUGACCACCCCUACAUAUGAAGUUACCGAGGAUUCCAUGACCACCCCUAGUGAGAGUGUAGACACCAAGCUUGAUGCAAAUAUAAAGCCUCCUCCAUCUAUAGAAGUAUAUUCAGAGGAGGCUUCAGACCCUGUCCCUGAACAGGUGAAUCCUGAACAGGUGAAUCAGAUAUACAUUGAAAUAGAGAAGGUGCAAGAAGAUUCCAUGACCACCCCAACAGAUGAAGUACGUGAACUUUUAGAUGGCACGCUUGAUGCAGAAAUAAUGUCCCUUCUACCUUUAGAAGCAUCCUCUGAGGAGACCCAUACAUUUGAAGUUAGUGAGAGUGUAGAGACCAAGUGUUCAGAACUUUCACCUGAACAUGUGACACAGAGCACUGAGAUGCAGGGAGAUUCCACGCCAACCCAUGCAGAUCAAGUAAGUGAGAGUGUAGACGCCAAGCUUGAUAUCGAAGUAAAUUCUGCUCCACCUGUAGAACUAUCCUCUGAGGAGACUUCAGACAUUGUCUCUGUCUCAGAACAGGUGCUGCAGAGCAGUGAGAGACAGGAAGUCCAGGAAGAUUCCAUGACCACCCCUACAGAUGAACUUAGGGAAAGUUUAGGAACAAAGUUGGGUGCUAAAAUAAAGUCUCCACCCUUAGAGGUGCUUUUCAGUGCUCUAAAGGAGUCCAGUCUUUGCAAACAUCCCCUGUCUCAUACGAUGCGCUCAAAUGUCAAAGAGUUUCUGGGAGUAGAGGAUUCUUUAGAAAUCACUAAAAAAGACUGUGACUUUGGUGUAACGGAGAGCAUUGAGUGUACUUUAGACCUGGAGACUCCGAUUAUUGUCGAGGAUAUGGAGAUCGGCCACUGUGUUGUGGAGGUGGUGGGAGAGAAUGGAGAUGAGGUGGAUAGUGAUCUGGAAAUCAUAGACAAUUCUGAGAGGCCAGAGAAGACACUUGAGCUAACCAAAGGGUCUGAAGAAGAGUGCAGUGUGGAUAAAAGUGAAGAUGGUAUUGAAAAGAAAGGCACAAGUUCCUCUAACCAAGACAGCACAAAUAGUGGGAAGAAGGAAGCUACUAAAAAAACACAGGGUAGCUUGGAAAAACCCAAGAAACAGCAGAUGAACCCUCAGGCCCGGACCAAAGCCCGACUAGCAGCGCUCGCUGAGCAAAAGGCAGCUGCCUCCAAAAAAGCGAGCAGGCAGCUCAACCUCCUGGCCCUAUGUGAAGAAAUAGCAGAUGAUAUCGCCACUGACACAAUGUUAAUAAAGACGAAGGAGGAGGAGGAGCAGGUUGUAACAGUUAAGGCUGAACCCAGCAAGGAGCCAGAAUGCACACCGCCUGUCACACAGGCUGAGACUGUUCCGAUACCUCCUACUCCUGCCCGGCCCGAGGAACCGUCUCCAGCAGUAGAACCCUCCACUGAGGAGCCUGCUCCAGCCAAGCCCCCAGCUCCAGAGCCACCUCAGAGGCGUUUCUUCAUCAGCCAAGUGACGGUACCCCUCAAAAUCCACGAGAAGAAGAAGCUUACCAGGUUCCAGAGGCUGCGGCAGGUGGAACUGCAGCGGGAGAAGAAUAUGUCCUGGACCAUGGUGAAGAAGCUCAAGUCCGAUCAGAAGAUGAUUCCAGAGACUGAGACUAAACCUUCCCCUCCAGCAGCAGCACCUGUCCAAUUGACCACCCCCCCACCCCCCUCAUCCAGUCCAGCAGCACCCACAGUAGCUGCACUCUCCCCAACCAGUCAAGAAGUGACCCCAAAAGUUGAGCCCCCAAAAGUUGAGCCCCCAAAAGUUGAGCCCCCCAAAGUGACCCCCAGUAAGGGACCCACCCUGAGAAAGAGGACGCUUCCAGCAGAACCCCCGCCGAUGCCCAACGGGCUGAAAGCUCAGAAGGCCAAGCCUGUGGUGGAGUAUAAGCCUUACAAAUCCAGGCCCAAGUACUCCUUUGAUGACUUUGAAUGUGAUGACGAGCCGAAACCCACAGUGCAGAAGGCAGCAGUGAGACCUACAGCUACUACUAUUCAGAGGGCAACAGUUAAACCUACAGCCGUUCAGAGGGCAGCAGUGAGACCGACACCUAGUACCAUUCAGAGGGCAGCAGUGACACUUACCACCAUUCAGAGGGCAGCAGUGACACUUACCACCAUUCAGAGGGCAGCAGUGAUACCUACCACCAUUCAGAGGGAAGCAGGGAGACCUACACCUACCACCAUUCAGAGGGCAGCAGGGAGACCUACACCUACCACCAUUCAGAGGGAAGCAGGGAGACCUACACCUACCACCAUUCAGAGGGCAGCAGGGAGACCUACACCUACCACCAUUCAGAGGGAAGCAGGGAGACCUACACCUACCACCAUUCAGAGGGAAGCAGGGAGACCUACACCUGCCACCAUUCAGAGGGAAGCAGGGAGACCUACACCUACCACCAUUCAGAGGGAAGCAGGGAGACCUACACCUACCACCAUUCAGAGGGAAGCAGGGAGACCUACACCUACCACCAUUCAGAGGGCAGCAGGGAGACCUACACCUACCACCAUUCAGAGGGAAGCAGGGAGACCUACACCUGCCACCAUUCAGAGGGAAGCAGGGAGACCUACACCUACCACCAUUCAGAGGGAAGCAGGGAGACCUACACCUACCACCAUUCAGAGGGAAGCAGGGAGAUCUACACCAGUGUCCGAAAAUGGCAAACAUGAAGACUCAAAACCUACCGUGCAGAAGCCAGAAAACAGGGGUCAGAAAACAGUAGGACCUACUGCCCUGAAAACAGUAGGACCUACCACGCCGAAAACAGGACAUAUCACACAGAAAACAGUAGGACCUACCGUGCAGAAUACAGUACCAACUGUACAGAAGGCCGUAGAGAUACCAACCCCUAUGUCCAAAAAUGGUAAACAUGAGGACUGCAAACUUACUGUACAGAAUGCAGUAGUACCUACCGUACGCAAGGCAGACAUGCCUAGACCCAGUGUACAGAAGGCAGCGGUGGUACCUAUAUCUUCCCCCAAAACGGAGCAGAAAGCAGAAGCACCACCUACGGCCAAAACUGGCGAAGAUGAGGAUUCCAUAGCACCAGUGUCCUCCCCUCCCUCUGAAGAGCCCCCAAGAGAUUCUGUUGACAAAGAGCAGUGUGAAGAAAAGCCUGCUGUUACUGAGAUUAAACCCGCAUCCCCAGAGGACAAGACAACAACAGAGAAUGCCGUUGACUCUGGGGUGGUUCAAUCAGCAGGUAAUAGCAGUCCCCUCUCUGACGAAUGUCUGCAGAAAGAAAUCAAGAAACUAAAGGAGACCGACAAAGACGGAAAUCAAGCCAUUAUUGAUGCAGGGCAGAAGCACUUUGGCCCAGUAACCUGCAGUGUGUGUGGGAUGCUGUAUUCCGCUGCCAACCCAGAGGAUGAAUCCCAGCAUUUGCUCUUCCACAACCAGUUCACCAGUGCUGUCAGAUAUGUGGGGUGGAAGAAGGAGAGGAUUUUGGGGGAGUACCCCGAUGGCAAGAUCAUUCUUGUCCUUCCAGAUGACCCCAAAUAUGCACUGAAGAAGGUUGAGGAGAUUAGAGAGAUGGUGGACAAUGACCUGGGCUUCCAGCAGGUUGAGACCAAGUGUCCCUCCCAGACUAAAACCUUCCUGUUUAUCUCCAAUGACAAGAAGGUAGCUGGUUGCCUUAUCGCUGAGCACAUUCAGGAGGGCUACAGGGUCAUUGAGGAAGCGGUGCCCGAGGGCUCAGAGGGAGAGAAGGUGAUGUUUGAGCGUCAGAGAGCCUGGUGCUGUUCCACCAACCCAGAGCCAGCCCUAUGUGGCAUCAGUCGCAUCUGGGUCUUCAGCAUGAUGAGACGGAGGGGCAUGGCCUCACGCAUGAUCGAGUGUCUCAGGAACAACUUCAUCUACGGCUCCUACUUGAGCAAGGAGGAGAUCGCUUUCUCCGACCCCACGCCCGACGGGAAGCUCUUUGCUACACACUACUGUGGCACCUCGCAGUUCCUGGUUUAUAACUUUGUCAGUGGAACUCGUUCAGACCAACCAAGUCCUAAUUUGGUGUAACCAAUCGCAUCAAGGUGGAUUUUUGUUGAGGCCCAGCGACUCCUCACCAACCAAUCUUGUCGUGGACAUCCUGUCACAAGCACAUUGUGGCUCUUUUAGACUGAACGUUUAGACUCAUCAAAGACUACUCUACUGACUCUUCUGAGGGGAAAUCUUGGUUUUUAAUCUCAGGUUGAAAACAACAAGGUGUUGUUUAAAAGAUUUAAAAUCUCCCUUUAAUCCCUGCAUAGUAUUUUGAGACAAAUAAUAUUUUUAUUUAUGUUUUUUAAAUAAGAAACAAGUUUUUAUUGGCAGUAUUAAAGAGAAAACAUGCAUUAAGCUUGACAUCAAUAGAAAACAGAGCAUUUCACAAUUCAUAGUUUUUGAAGAUCCACUUAAUUUUACUCAAACGGUUCUAAAACAAUGUUGUCCUGUUCUAAUAAUGCUUUUCAUUCAUGUUGAGCAUCUUAAAAACUGUUAGAAGUUGCUAAUAUUAAGAUGAGUUGUCAUGUGUACACAAGGGGUUGUUCUUACACACUUCCAUGUUCAUCAUCACUUUACUUUUAAUGAAGGGAUGCGUUGGCCACCUGACGUUCCAUUAUGUGAUACAGAGUACAUUAUUGUUAAGGUCACUCUCACAGAAUUUAUCAAAAUGUGGUGGUUUGAUUCUGUUGAGUGAAGUUUUCACUCACCAAUUUCUUCACUUCAUGAUUGUUCUCAGUCUUGUUGCCAUGUGUCCUAAUCAUGUCCAUUAUUAAAAUGGAGAGUCCUAUUUGGGAUAGUUAUACUCCUUAGGCAGUAAGUUGCAUGGACUAACAGGAAGAAAAACUGAGGUAAUAAUGGUUGGAUUUCUGUAUGGGGCAUUUUUCUGUAGUGCUUCUAGUCAAGGCUCUUUACCCAAGUUGCCUCAGAAAUAUAUCUAACUGCAGAAAUGUUAAAUGUGAGCUGUGAUAUAAGUGAAUUGGUAAAGGCAGUGAAGUGAGCAUUCGCUCGUUUCUGCCUGUGUAUGUUUGUGCCUGCCAUGAAUCAUAAAACUCAACCUGACUGUUAGAUUUCACUGACAGACUGAUCGUACUGUAGACUCCCUCAAAUAUUCUCAUCCAAACUGCCCUUAUUUGAAGGCCCCCCCCCUGAAAUCACAAUUUUUAAUAAUUGACCAUUUCUUCUAUUGGCAGGAAGUUUUAUUCACAUUUAGGACCUCAUUGAUAAGACAUUAAGAGUUAAAAGUAAAUCACGUAAUAUGAUUCAUAUAAAUGUCAUUGAAAGGGUUUAAAAGCUCAGGGUUAUUUGUUUUUUGAGGGAGUUGAAAACACCAUCCAUGUCAAAGGUGAUUAUCACAGCAAACCAAGGGACAGUUGCUCAGCCAUCAAAAAGGGUUGUGAGUCAUACAUUUUCUGGUAUCAAUGAUUUAUUCAUCACAUUGCCCUUCAUUUUGAAACAUUUUCUUUUAGAAAUAUUGUGGGUCAUGUAAGAAAACACAUUUGAUUUAUAAAGAGCUGUCAUGUAAAUAGUUAUUUAAAAAUAAACUAUCCUGCCCUGCUUUGGUUGAA